AAUGGACGAGCGAUGAGCAAGCGGCUGGAGAAAUUGCGCUGCUCGCCGGGCCUCACUUCGUGCUCCGUUUCCGAAUGCUGCUGGCCAUGUCCCAGGCUCGCAGCUCAGCCCCGUCUCCCGUGGCAGCCGCUUGCUCUUCGCUUGGGAGGCCGCAGAGAUUCUCGAUAGUCCCUUGAAUUCUGCUCCUUCUCCCUCAUCCGAAGGCGUCGUAGCUUUUCUCGGAGGGAGAGAGCGAGAUGCAGCAACUAUCGGUCAGGGAUCACAGUGCAGUUUGUGCGAGCCCCUUCACACGAUGGAGAGGUGGAUUGAAUGUGUUCCAUGGGAGCUCCGGGAGCGGCCGUGUUCUGUUCACCGGAAGUAACUUCGAAAAAUCGCUCGGCAUUGGCAAGUCAUGCACCUGCUUGUCUAUGAGCUGGAGCGACCCUGGCCCGACAGCUCCCGCUGUGAAAACGAAACCCAAGAAGAAAAGCUGGAACAGCACAGGAAAGUCCAGACGAGGUUAUGGAUGGAACACCGAACAGGGGAAAUCGAGUGUAUACCAAAUCAUGAGCCCCGCUGCAGCCGAGCUCGUUCGUUCUCUCCAGAAACAGAAGGACGUUGACGGAUUGUGGGAUGCAUUGGAUUCUCUACCUUCAGGGCGGGAAAGCUGGUCGGACCUCACCGAUUGUGUCAUGGAAAUUCGGAACCAGCAAAAUUGGCUACUUGUCAUACAGAUACUGGAGUGGAUGCUGCAGAGCAAGCAGUUUCGUGCUGAUGUUGUUUGCUACAAUCUUCUGAUCGAAGCCUAUGGGAAGAUCGGUCAGUAUACUGAAGCGGAGAAGACAUUCUUUCUUUUAAGGAAGUCCUUUGUUGCCCCUACCGAGAUGAGUUACAAUAUGCUCAUGGGUGCCUACUCAAAAGCCGGUUUGCUCGACAAAGCUGAGAGACUAUUUGAUCAAAUGAAGGAGGACAAGUAUAUUCCUGACCUCUCAACAUACAACAUUUUUCUCGAAGUACUCGCAAAGGCAGGCAAAUACAAGAAGGCCGAGCGAGUAUUCUCGGAGAUGAAAGCGAACUGCAAUCCGUCCGCAGCUACUUACACGUCGAUGAUAAACAUAUACGGUAGAGCUAGGCUCCCGGAGAUGGCAGAGAAGCUGUAUUCUAGUAUGAGGGACUCGGAUUGUCCACCGACUCUGUACACCAUGACUGCCCUGAUCAACGCCUACGCCAAAGAAGGAUUAUGCGAGAAAGCCGAGGAAGCCUUUCACAACAUCAAAGCUCUUGGUCUUGAACCUGAUGUGUACAGCUACAACGCUUUGAUGGGAGCCUACAGUCAUGGAGGUUUCCCAGCGGGUGCUUCUGAAGUUUUUGACGCCAUGAAGGAUGAUGGCAUAGAUCCGGAUCAAGUAUCGUACAACAUUCUCAUAGACGCUUUCAGUCGAGCCGGUCAAAGUGAAGAGGCAGAGAGGGUUUUCAAGAUUAUGAAGGAUCAUGGCUUCCAGCCAACUUCAAGGUCCUACAUGCUGCUCCUGAAAGGGUUGUUAAGAGCAGGGCAAGUGAUGAAAGCUGAGAAUCUAAUUAAAGGCAUGGAAGCUGAUGGUCGCAAACCUGAUACAUUCAUGUACAAUUCGUUAUUACACGCGAAGGGGACCCGAGGAAAUUUUGUAGAGGUUGAACGUUUAUUUAAUGUAAUGAAAAGUGGUUCUAGGAGUCGGCCUGAUAUAUCUACUUAUAACAUACUCAUAAACAUCAACGCCCAGGCAGGGUUUAUAGAUAAAGCAGAGAAUAUUUUCAAUAAUUUAGAACGGGAAGGGCUUGUGCCCAAUGUCACCACUUGGACUUCUCUCAUGGGCGCUUAUUCCAAGAGGAAGCUGUUCAAGAAGUGCUUGAAUGUGUGGGAUAGAAUGAUAAAAGCUCGCUGUGUACCAGAUGCAGCAACUUGGAAGGUUUUUCUUGCAUCUUGCAAUACCCAGGAAGAAAUGGACGAAGUCACAGCAUUGACCCAGCAAUAUCAGUCCGAAGGACUUAGAAAAGCUCGUAAUAAAGAUCAUAAUUAUCAGUGAGUACUUUGAACUGUC